AAGAAAGAAAGCCAUACCAGGCCUUGCUAGAUACAUAUUGUUGUCAUUUUGAACCAGAUUUUAUCUGUGUUGCAUAAGUAGUCUUAUAGGGGCAACAGCUGUUAGUUAUUUAUUUAAAAUUGCACAAGGUUAUUGACCCCUGCUCCGAAAAAGUUACCCUUUUAAUAUCUGGAAGAAAGGGAAAGAAGUUAAUCCUGAAGUAUUAAACUACAGGUACAAGUUUAAAAUACAAUCCACAAUUGCUCAUUUUGCAUGGGAAAGAUUUCCAGGUUUUUUUAAAGGCAGAAUUGGAAAUUUCAUUUAAAAAAAUACAUUUAAACUGCUUUUUGAAACAUACCUAUUUCAGGUCCCUUAACUUAGUUUUCUGUGCAAAUCUUCCACCCAAAUCUGAUUCAGUCCUCUUAUCAAGUCAAAUAUUAGUUAUAUUUUUUAAAUUUGCACUGCUUUUUUCUCUUAUAGCUGCUUUCCCUUAUUUUCCAGUACUUUCUAGCAUUUCUUCAGCCUUUCCUCUUAGCUCUGACCCCAUUCCUCUAAAAGCUAGUGAAGUUUUUAAAAAAUAUAUAUUAAAAAUACUUUUAAAAAAAGUUUAACAUAAGCAUCUGGGCCUCUGUGUGGGUGAGUGAAAGAUGAACACAGCUGCUAGUAGCUACCCGAUGGCAUCUCUGUAUGUGGGUGACCUGCACCCUGAUGUCACAGAAGCCAUGCUGUAUGAGAAGUUCAGCCCUGCGGGUCCUGUGCUCUCCAUCCGUGUCUGCAGAGACAUGAUAACCCGCCGCUCCCUAGGAUAUGCAUAUGUUAACUUUCAGCAACCAGCUGAUGCUGAGCGAGCCCUGGACACCAUGAACUUUGAUGUGAUCAAAGGGAAACCCAUCCGCAUCAUGUGGUCUCAGCGUGAUCCUUCCCUGAGGAAAUCAGGCGUAGGGAAUGUCUUUAUUAAGAACCUGGACAAAUCCAUAGACAACAAGGCACUUUAUGACACUUUCUCGGCUUUUGGGAAUAUACUUUCUUGCAAGGUGGUGUGUGACGAGAAUGGCUCUAAGGGCUAUGCCUUUGUGCACUUUGAGACACAGGACGCUGCGGACCGGGCCAUUGAGAAGAUGAAUGGCAUGCUGCUGAACGACCGCAAAGUAUUUGUUGGGAGAUUUAAAUCCCGUAAAGAGCGUGAGGCAGAAUUGGGAGCCAAAGCAAAGGAGUUCACCAACGUCUACAUUAAAAACUUUGGGGAUGACAUGGAUGACGAACGGCUGAAGGAGCUUUUCAGCAAAUACGGUAAGACCCUCAGCGUUAAAGUCAUGAAAGAUCCCACUGGGAAGUCGAAAGGCUUUGGUUUUGUGAGCUUUGAGAAGCACGAAGAAGCCAACAAGGCAGUGGAAGAAAUGAAUGGAAAAGAUAUCAAUGGGAAAAUGGUGUUUGUGGGCCGGGCACAGAAGAAAAUGGAGCGCCAGGCAGAGCUGAAAAGGAAAUUUGAGCAGCUAAAACAAGAGAGAAUCAGCCGCUAUCAGGGAGUUAACUUAUAUAUUAAGAACCUGGAUGAUACAAUUGAUGAUGAGAAACUGAGGAAGGAAUUCUCUCCUUUUGGGUCUAUCACAAGUGCCAAGGUGAUGCUGGAAGACGGGCGAAGCAAAGGGUUUGGCUUUGUCUGCUUUUCCUCUCCGGAAGAGGCCACAAAAGCUGUAACGGAAAUGAAUGGGCGCAUUGUGGGCUCCAAACCACUAUAUGUUGCAUUGGCACAGAGAAAGGAGGAGCGGAAAGCCCACCUCACCAACCAAUACAUGCAGCGCAUUGCUGGAAUGAGAGCCCUGCCUGCCAAUGCCAUCAUCAAUCAGUUCCAGCCAGCUGCAGGAGGGUAUUUCAUGCCAGCUGUGCCCCAGGCUCAGAACAGACCCACUUACUAUGCACCUAAUCAGAUGACUCAGAUGAGGCCUAACCCACGCUGGCAGCAAGGAGGGAGACCUCAAGGCUUCCAAGGAAUGCCAAACACUAUGCGCCAGUCUGGACCAAGACCAGCCCUACGCCAUCUGGCUCCAGCGAGCAAUGCUCAAGCCUCACGUGGCAUGCCUGGUGCAACUCAAAGGGUUGGGGUUCCUGCCACAGCUCCAAAUUUAGUGCCUCGACCAUCUGUAGCUGCGCAAGCUCCAAGGGCUGUUCCGCCGUACAAAUACGCCUCCAGUGUCCGCAGCCCCCACCCAGCUGUACAGCCUUUGCAGGCCCCUCAGCCUGCUGUUCAUGUGCAAGGACAAGAGCCUUUAACUGCAUCUAUGCUAGCUGCUGCCCCUCCCCAGGAGCAAAAACAGAUGCUGGGAGAACGUUUGUUCCCGCUCAUCCAAGCUAUGCAUCUCAGCCUUGCAGGAAAGAUCACAGGAAUGCUGCUAGAGAUUGACAACUCAGAGUUGCUGCACAUGCUAGAAUCUCCAGAAUCCCUCCGUUCGAAGGUGGAGGAGGCUGUGGCAGUGCUGCAAGCUCACCAAGCCAAGAAAGAAGCUGCCCAGAAAGUGGGCAUAGUUGCUGCUACCUCGUAACUAGGGAGGCUGGUUGUAGAAAGCCAAAUGAGCCCCCUGAAGAAACCACCUGAAGCUGUUUAGAAAAGAACAUUAUACUGCACAUUUCAAUAUCAUGCAACAUAAUUCAUUGCCAGUGUGUAAAAAAAGUUAAUAUGCCUUAUUUGCAAAAAUAAAAAUUAAACAAAAAUCCUCUACUGCUUUUGGUUUCCAAGAUUUAAAUAUGCAAGUUUUCCUUCUUGAAGCCAGGGUUGCAGCUACCUUGUCUUCCCAUGAGCAGGCACUACAUUUUUCUGACUGAACAUUUUCAUUUGUGGUUCUUGGUUUUGAUCAAACAAUCUUGUUUGCAAAGUCUGGAAAGUGUAACCAAUAAAAUAAUUAAAAUAUUUCAA